GGCGUGGUCGCACGUGCCCGCGCCAUGCACCCACACUCGACAGUUCUUCACGCCCCACCAAAGACAGCCAGUCAGCUAGACAAAGACAUACGUGGGGAAAGUGGCAUCAGAUCUCGACCGUCUGGAGAGGAAGACACCGCACGGAGUCGCUGGCGACCAAGGGAUGCGGUUUGUGCUGACGCAGGCCCAACUGGAGGGGCUGAAGACGCACGUGUACAGGUCGCAGGGCGUCUCGCUGAUCGAGUCCCUGGUUCUGAAGAGGCUAUGGCGAUGGCUGGUCUCUCUACUACCGUCCUCCUUGGCCCCCAACCUCAUCACUUUUGCCGGCUUCGUUAUUGCCAUGGCAACGUCUCUAGCAGUAAUUCUUCCGGAUCUAAACGCAGAGGGAAAGGCUCCUCGGUGGACGUACCUCUGCUGUGCAGCUGGGCUCUUUAUCUACCAGACGUUGGAUGGCAUGGACGGCAUCCAGGCUCGGAGGAUUGGGCUCUCCACUCCCUUGGGAGAGUUCUUUGACCAUGGCCUUGACGCCAUCCUCACCUUCGUGUACGCAGCUGUCGCUGGGUGCUCAGUUGGUAUCAAUGAGGGAUACCCUUUCCUUGGGCUGUUGCUAGGUGUGGCAGUUCUUCUGCUCAACUUCUUUUACCACUGGCAGACAUUUGUCAGUGGAGUGCUGCACUUCAAGACAAUUGACAUAGCAGAGGCCCACUAUGCCCAAAUAUCGGUGCUGUGUUUGUCGGGGUUGCUCGGAACUCACUUCUGGACAAACCUGUUCCCAGGCCUUGCCCUAGAACUGAAGGUAGUGUUGGUGUAUGGGACACUGGUGUUCACAGUUCUCAACCUCCUCCAUGCCUUCUAUAUCAUUCUCACUUGUGGUGUCGGCAAGAACGGUUCCACUGUGGCAGACACUAGUGUCUUGUCUCCAAUCAUAUCGCCCAUCGUCAUAACAACGACUCUUGUCUACCAUGCCUUAUACAGUCCCUCCCAAUUAGUGCACACCCACUACAUUCUCUUCUUCUCUGCGUUUGGUAUCCAGGUGACCAAGAUUACUCUGCUCAUGAUGGUGGCAGGGAUGACCAGAAUACCAUACCCUCUGCUGGACCCCAUCAUGGUGGGACCUGUCCUUCUUUGCCUCAACAUCCACUUCCCUCUCAUCCCUGACCUUCUCCUCAUGUCCUUUGUGGCAUUUGGAAUUUGCCGCUGUGAAAUGUGUGCGCAUGCGCAUGUAAAAAGGGGCGUGUUUUACUACGAUAUAAGUCCGCGUCGUAAACUCAUUGGCACUGGAGUGGGCCGUCAUGAAGAGCUGCUGGUAUUGACUGUAGCUAAGGAGGAAUCGAAGUGUGUUGAGCACCGAGGGUGUGAAGGACCGCCGGCUGCGGGAGAAGUGAGGCGAAAGGAGAGGAGGAUGUCGUGUGCUGCCUCGCGGCAGUUCACGCGGGAGAACGGUGACUACUUGGUGACGGCCAACGAGGUUAUACAUUCUCCGAGGUGCUCCUAUCAGGUGCGGGUACUCGAUGUUCUGGGACGAGGGACAUUUGGCCAGGUGCUGAAAGCCUGGCGAGCAGACACAAGUCAGCUGGUGGCUCUCAAGGUGUUGAAGAACAUUCCAUCCUACACCAAACAAGGCCAGUUGGAAAUAGAUGUCCUAACACGUCUUUCCUGCCAAGCUGCCCACGAGUUCAACAUUGUCCAGGCCUACGAGUCGUUUUCCCACUGUGGCCACAUCUGUAUAUCAUUUGAGCUUUUGGAGAUAAACUUGUAUGACUACCUCAAGCAAAAUAGGUUUCAGCCUCUGGCACUGAAGUACAUCCGACCCAUUGCUCAGCAGGUGCUGUGCUGUCUGCAGAGGCUGCAACAGUUGGGACUGGUUCACUCAGACAUAAAACCUGAGAACAUUAUGCUAGUGGAUCAGGCCAGGUGGCCAUACCGUGUCAAGGUCAUUGACUUUGGCUCCGCGACUUCUGUGUCCGCCGGCAAUGCCACAUCCUAUCUCCAGAGUCGAUACUAUCGAGCUCCCGAGGUGAUCCUCAGCCUUCCCUACACGGAGGCCAUCGACAUGUGGAGUCUGGGCUGUGUUCUAGCUGAACUCUACCUCGGGUGGCCACUCUUCCCUGGUUCCAAUGAGUAUGACCAAAUAUCAUUCAUUGUGAGCACACUGGGACCACCUCCUUCCUGUAUGCUGCGCAAUGUCCGCAAGGCCUGCAAGUUCUUCUCUCUCAAUCACCUUACAUACCAGUGGAUCCUCAAGUCACCCCAGCAACUAAAGGCGGAGUCUGGAAUAGUUUCCAAGGAAACCAGGAAAUACAUUUUCCAUUCACUUUCAGACCUGACAAGGCUCAGUAGUCAUGGAAGCAACAAGCACAAGUCACUAGUAGAGCAACUUGAUUGUCUCCAGUUUGUGUCGUUGCUGGCAAGCAUGCUCACCUUUGACCCUAGCAGAAGGAACUUGCCAUCGCAGGCCUUGCAGUCUCCAUUUGUUACCAUGCAUCAUUUGGCAGCCCACACCUCAGACUCCAGUGUCAGAGACUGGAUCCAGUGUAUGCAUGUCUGUCGCCUCUCGAGAACCACAAACUCGUCCCCACCAACCCCACAGCUGCCUCUCAGAACUCCAUUGAUGCAACCCUCCCCUCUUCUUGCACCGGUUGCUCCUGCCCACCCACUGGUCCUUCCUCCGUCUCUCCUCGCAACACAGCUUGCCUUCCACCCUUCCCAUCCCAUCUCUUACCACCUCUCCCCUCUCACCUACCUUCCUCACCACUACUCCCUCCUGCCACAGAAGAGCUCCCUCACAAGUGAGGACACGGGCUAUGCCUCAGCAGACAGUAGCCCCACUCCGCACCUUCUGCCUGGUGGCGACCACGCGGAUGUUUCCCAUCUCUGUCUCCAUGGCCUGACAACCCAGCAGCCCUCUUUCCCUGCCUUCCUCUCCUCGCAGCAACAGCAACUGUAUUCUCUACACGUUGGGCGACAACACCCUCACACCCUCACCAUACUCCCAGCACCCACCAGUCACCCUCACACACUCACCCCACACCACCCCUUUAGUCGGCUCUGACAGACAGUUCUCAUUGUGUGCUCUAGUUCCAUUGUGUUUUGUGUGCACUGUACAUUGACAAUGCAGCAGAUCACUAUAGCCACUAUUGUGGCAAACAACCUCAUGUAAAAGGUGCAUAAUGAAUGGAACUAAGGGUGCCUGUGUCGUCAGGUGUA